AUUAAUGCCUUCAAUUAAUAUUAAUCAAUGCAAGUAGAAAAACAAAUCAGUGCAUUGCAAAAUCACUCACUAGAAUUUCAUUGGUUGGCUAAACAAAUAAGAUCACCAUGACGACAACGUACAAAUGCACUGAUUUCUUGUUUGAAUUUCUGACCAGUAUUCUGAUCGGAAAAGUAUAAAUCAAGUCCAUAUUUAAAAUAUCGGAGAAGUGUGGUUUUAUAAGGAGCUAAAUAUAAAUUUUUGUUAUUAAAAAAAACGAAUGCUUACAAAUGAACUAUUUAGCACCGUUAUGCCAGGGUCGUAUAAAGCCUGAUGAUCUACCAGUCAUCAGUCCAAGAACAAUUUAUUUUUUCGUUUGUUCAGCCUAUACAGAUUUCACUUUAGAAAGACGAUGUUUACAAGAGAGUACUUAUCGUGAAAUACGUAAAUAUUCACAAGAAACAUAUGGACUUGAUGUCUGCUUCAUUGAUCCAAGACCACUGGAGGAUAAUUUGCCGUUAGAACAAGUCGAAUAUGCAGAGUUAUUUAAAAAACUUAGUCAUCAAUACUGUCAUAAUGACUUGAACUGCUGUCCAAUUAUAUUACUUGGACAGAAGUGUGGUUUGCCCCUCUUACCAAAAAGGAUUCCUUCCAGCGUUUAUGAAUGCAUUACAAAUCGUAUGAAACAGAAGGCUUCCAACCCAUACUAUACCAUCCUCCAACAUAUUGACUUAAAAGAUUGGUAUCAUUUAAACUGCAAUGUAGUUGGUGAGCCUGAAUGGUGUUUAAAUCCGAUGAAAUGUCUUGAAAAUACACUGGAAAAUGAACCUUAUGAGAAUCGGAAGAAGAUUAUUGGAGAGUGGAAUCAAGAACGGGAUUUUAUAGCCUGGAUUUUCCAUUAUGUCGGAAAUCUGUGUUUACAUGAGAAUCUGAUAACGGAAGAAGAGUUUAAUAUGUUAAUUUUAACAGAAUUCUCGUCGACACUGUCUUCCUUGAUUAAAUCAACUGAUGUAAACUAUGAGACACGCAUGAAUCACCAGUUGCAAACAGAAUUUCAAAAGAUCCCAAUAAAUACCGACUGGAUAUUUUCAGAUCCAAUAGUGUUGCAUCGAGAUAUUAUCGAUAUCCAACAUUUUGUCCAGAAUGAACCGAAUGUGGGAAAAUUUAUUGAUAUUGCACCAAAAUUAGUAUCUGAUUCUAGUGCAAGAACAGUAAAUGGCGUGAAUUAUAACGCCUUAAAACAUCAGCCUGUAGUUGAUCAGCUACUUCAGGACAAUUUGCAAAUUUUAGUGAAACAGCUAAUUCAAAAAAUCACUUACAGUAAUGUAUCAUAUGAAGAUCAGGCAAUGAAAGUACUCUGGAGAUCACCUAAUGGCAUUGAUCAAAAGUUUCAUUCUGAUUAUCUCAAUGAGUUUCUGACACGUAUCAAGAAACUUGCAUGUGAAGCGAUUGACAGAAGGGCGAGUACCAAAACAGCCUUGAUGUUGCCCAAUUUAUCCGUUGGUCUCUUGGAGUCGCAGAAUGAUGAAGUAGAUAUGCAUACUCCGGAUGCAAAUGAAAAUUUAGACAGUCGAAACAAUGCGUCUUUACCAACAAUUAUCUUGCCGCAAUUACAGAACAGACACACUUAUGUGGCUAGAGAAUUUCAAAAACGUAUCAAAUUGUGGGAUAACGUAUGGAAUGCGCUGAACUAUGUUAAUUGGCUAAUACCGAUUGCCAGUUCGUACAGAAAUGAAAUAGAGACCUUAUUGUGUUACAUAGAAGAUACUGAUCCCACAGCUCAGGUUCCAAUGCUAGUUUACAGCACUUCUGAAGCCUCGGAUAAGCUUGACGUAGAACAGUUUUGUUUGGCGAAUGCUGUAGCUGCAUGCUGUUUUCAAGAGACACAAAACCGUUUGUCUAUGAAGUCCAAUGAGUGCAUAAUACUCAUUCGAAUAUACACAAGUCCAACUAUUAUUACAGACGCUUUGCAAGAUUUGGCCGAGCAAGUUAGCUUUGCUUUACAGAUCAACUGCAAUUUGUUAGAAGUCACCACCUUAUCCUCCUUCUUGCAUUCAUUAUCAUGUUUAGAGGAGAAAUAUACACCGAAAUCAAUAGUGAUCAUCAUUGGUGGCAUAGACUACCUUGAAGCAAACGAAUAUCAAGAUUCUUUAGAAGGACUUCUACCUAUUCUACAAGCAAAACAACUACCAAAGCGUCUGGCUAGUGGAAUAAAAUUGAUUUUAUCUGGAAAUCUGAAAGUGACUAAACUUAAAGAAGGUUCAAAAGAUGAAAAAGAAGCAGCUAUAGAAGUCAUCGAUGGUAUUUUACUGCCUACAACCAGUCUCAAUUUAGAAAUAAGUUCAGACAGUUUGUCAGGAGGAUUCUCAAGCUGUAUACAUAAUUUAACUAAAUUAAACUAUUGUCUAACAAAUGAUCAACUUAUACGUGUUCAUGAUCUAUUCAAACUGGCCUCUAAACACAAAGAUCUCCCAAUUCUAGCUUGUGCUGCUGGUCUAUGUCUGUUGCCAAAUCUAACUUCACAAAAUAUGGAAGUAAAUCAUCUUUUGUCCAAGCUAGUCCAUACACACUUUAGUGAUUUUAUCUCCAACUGCGGAAAGUAUUUUAACUACGAUUCAGUUAAACAUCUUGUUUGCUUGCUCAUUUCUGUGAGUAAUAAAAAACUUAUAGCCCCAGGUAUGACUCUGAAUGAAUUACAAGAAAUCCUGAGCUUAUCCGACAGAGCUUUUUCAGGUCAAAAUGAUGGAAAGUGUUCACAGAACACUGUUUCAUUCUAUGAUACUGCCAGUUUAUUACUAAUGUUAUAUUCCUUCGAAAAAAGCUUGACUGCUCGCCUUGGACAACAUCAUUUAAUAUGCUCAAUGGAUGGAUUCUUUGUUUAUAAACUCUCUGUUAUGGAGAAAUUGGAUAAUAAAAGAGCAACUAUAAUCAAAGAUUUGUUAAAGGGCUACUUUUUAAAUGAACAGUUUGAUAAGACGAAAAAUUCUCCUUUGAUGAAAGAGCAAAACACUUCACCUCUUUCAGUCUACUUCAAAGCUCCUUAUAUAAAUGACUCAUGGAACUGCUCACAAGAUAACUGUGAUUCACGUAUCUUGAUGUACAAUGUUCGUUAUCUUCGACAUUUACCAUUCUGUUUACUAAACUCAAAAGAUUUCAAUGAAUUCAGCUAUCAGACUGUUUUUCAUUUUGAUUGGCUUUAUGGAAUGAUUUAUGCUCUAGGUGUUCGGCCAAUAUUAGACUGCUUGAAGGUUCUUAUCGAUAUGUUAUCCUGUCUCGAUAACCAGUCUAAUUCAUCAGAAAAUGCUAUGGCAAUUAGAUUUGAGGCAAGUAUUAUCCAAAAUAUACUUUCAGGCUUAAAUAAAAGCUUAUAUAAUAACCCAGACAGUUUGCCAACAGAAAUGAUUGGCUAUCUGCUCCCGUUCACCUCAGGUAUCGUCAAUGACGAACAACAGAAGCUCAGUACUGGAAGGAAAUCACUGAUCGACUUGCUUGUAAAGCAGUGUGAAAUAAAAGUUGUUGAACAGAGUAAUCUACUGCCACUGUUCUCUUAUCCGCUAACUCCAGGUAAUUCUCUUCUUGGACAAAUCAUGUGUCCAACACCUUUAUUGAGUUUGCAUAAUUUUAAUCAAGGAAGCACUGCACAGAAACCAAAUAACCAAAUUUUGAUCAAGUUAAAAAAUGAUCCAAUGAUCUAUCGGUACCACUGUGAACGGGAUGAGGAAGUUCCUCCGUGGAAAUCAAGCUCAGGGUAUUCCUACUUAACACCAAACGGUAAAUAUGCUAUUGUUAUAGAUGAAGAGAAAAGAGAUACUUUGAAGAUUCACCAAAUCGACAUAGAUAUCAAUGGUUGUGUGCCACUGAUUGGUCAAAUCAAUGCAGGUCUAUGGAUUAAUCCGUUGUGGUCGAAGCAUCCCCAUGACGAAAGCUUGAAAAUGGAGAUUAUUUUCUUAGAUAUCACAAAUGACUAUGUAGGAUUUAUUGUGCAGACUAGAAAUACACGUAGUUUUUUAAAUCCGAGUGAAUACGUUGAAUCUCUGGAGGAAUAUGGAGAAGAUGAACAUUUUGAUAGUAAUACCAACGGCAGCAUUAAUCCUAAAGUCAAAGAUGAAGCUAAAGACAUCACUAGUAAAUCAGUGUCAUCCCACUACCUUCCUGAAACCUUAGCUGCUGGCACAAUCAAUCAUGUGGUCAUUUUUGAACUGAUUACAGGAAAACCUCUACACCUUUUAAGUCCAACACCAUGUGCUACAUUGGUUAAACUUGUACAGACGAAUCAAAAUAGUGAGAAGAAAAAGUUAUCAGAUAAUAAGGACGAUUAUGAUGAUGAGGACGAAAAUCUACAGAGCGGGGUUGAUUUGUUUUUCAUUAAUUCAUUUGACCAUUUACUUGGAUUUCACAUGAAAUCUGGUGAACAACAAUUUUCAGUUGACUUGAACUUUGUACCGCGUAAAAUUGUAGCAAGUAAUGAUAAUCAACGUUUGUUUAUACUGGACAGUAAUAACCCGUGUAUUUUACAAUUGCACAUCAACAGACUAGGCCAAAUCAACAAAUCAUUUCGUAUUUCCUAUGAUGAUUUGAUCACUAAAGAUAAUAUUAUUGAUGUUAAAUUGUCAAGAUACUACUCAUUUCUACUGCUACAUGCUAAAAAGAAUGUACUAGUCUAUGAUUAUGAGAAUGAUGCUGUAUUCGUUCAUAUUACACGUCCAGCUGGUAUACCACGAGAAUUUCGUCUACCAAAUUCAAAGUAUCAAAAGUUAGUUUUCACUGCUGUUGAAUUUGCACUGAAUGAUCAAGUUGUAUUGGCAGCAAUUUUUCGAAAUAUUUUAAUCUGGGAUAUACGCUUAGGCGUACAAUUGACAACACUGACCUCAUCUGUUGGAGUUAUUUCACGUCUGUUAGUCGACUCUUCUGAACAACAGCUAGUUGGUUAUAUAAGUACAUCGAAAGUUUUAAACCUUUGGAAUUUACCACUAGCCCUUACAAAUGCUGCAUUGAAACAAAGUUCUAAUACAUUAUCCAGCUCAAAUUUGAAUGACAGUAAUAGAAUGGAUUGUUUAACUAAACCAGUCGAUCAAAUGCGCUACUCAGAAUCCUCGAAGAUAUUGUUAGUAACAUGUCAAAACAGUGAUGAGUUGGGUGUAUUCAACUUACAAAGUGGACAUCUCACUGACAUGUUUACACAUAAUGGCAUUGUUAAGUCAGCUGUACUAAGUUCCUGUGGCAAUUAUGCUUUAAUUGGCUUAGCUGUAGACAUGCAAACAAAGGGGAAUGCUAACCUAAUCUGGGAUUUAGAUAAAAGAUCGAUAGUUGCAGAAUAUGGUGAAAUGGUUGGUUUUCAUGUUGGAAGGGUUAAACAUGGAAGUCAUUUUUUCCAUUUAAUGCCAAAAUCACCCAUGAAUAGUAGUGAUAAUCAGAGGUUUUCUUACUCAAUCUUAGGUGUGGAAGUUACUCAAAACAAUAAGAAAGAAAGCAAAGCUGUCAUUAAGCCUGUUGCCCUUAGCAAAAUAUCGUCUAUAGCAACGGGUUCUAAACCCUUUAUGACAUCAGAUGACCAGCAUUUAGUUAUGAUAUUAGAAAGUGAUGAUCAACUAAAACAAGGCUUUUAUAUAUGCCAAGAAAUAGCAUUCUGGAGCUUAUAUUCUUCUGCUGAACAUGAGAGCAUAGCUCAGGAUGGUAAAUUAUGGUACACACAUACAAAAGAGCUAAAGACCUUAUUAACUGAUAACAUGGAGUAUGGAAUACAUAUACUAAAUUGUGAACCAGUUCAAAAUAAUUCUUCUCAGUUUCUUGUAUUCUUCACAAAAUUCAAUGCUAGCAUAAAAUCAAACCUAUCAAUUGACUGGAAUUCAGGUGUUGGUCUUUCAAAAGGCAUACUUUUGGCUGAAAUUCUUCAAACUGAUCAAGUUGGACUACCAAGAGAUUGGAUGCUCGUUGUUCUGAGAUCGAUUACAGGACUUAGUGAACAGUCGCCAUUCAAAUCUAUUCACUAUUCUUUUCUGAAGCAUGAGCUAUUCGACUCUUUCUCAGGUCAUUAUUAUUUUUUACCUUUAGGGAUAAGACAUAUUUCACGUGAUUACUUCAACCAUAACAGGUCUAAUUUCAUGGUAGAAACUAAAAACUUCACAAGAUCUGAUUCAGUCAAGUUCCAUGGAUGUAUACUUCAUGAUGAUCUGUGCAUUUUCUCACACUACUCCACAUUGUAUCUGAUUCAACCGAGAACAGCUGAAAUAUUUACAUUCAUUGAUGUUCAUCAUAUUAUAACAUCAGUCAACAAAAACAUUCCUAAUGAUGACAUUCUUUUCGUAGGAACAACUGAUGGAUUUAUUAUUUCAUACCAGAUUAUUAAAAGUAGUGAGGACGAUUCAAAUAAAGAAGAUAACCUUUUAGUAAAGCUGAAGGAAAUUCACCUCAACCUUCACCCAACAACAGAUGAACAUCUUGAUAAGAAUGUAAACUUCCAUACUGCUCGAAUGAAAGCAAACAUUUCGAAGCAACUGAAUCUAUUAACUCAAUACACCCCAUUAAAAUUUAUGAAACCGGAUGACUUCAGAUUUUACCAACAGUGUGAGAAUUUCGGAGAGAAACGAUUAAAAAUUCACUCCCUUGUAUAA